AUGGCAGAAGAAAAUAAGACUCUGGUGAUGGAGUUUGUCCUUACAGGACUUACAGAUUGUCAAGGGCUGCAGGUGCCCCUGUUCCUGGUGUUCUUGCUGAUCUAUCUCAUUACUAUGGUGGGCAACCUUGGCCUGAUGGCUCUCAUCUGGAAGGAUGCUCACCUUCACACCCCCAUGUACUUAUUCCUUGGCAGUUUAGCCUUUGCAGAUACAUGCACUUCAUCCUCUGUGACUCCUAAGAUGCUUAUCAACUUUUUAUCGAAGAAUCAUGUGAUAUCCCUCUUUGACUGUAUGAUCCAGUUUUAUUUUUUUGGUUCUAGUGCAACUACAGAAUGUUUCCUCCUGGUAGUGAUGGCCUAUGACCGCUAUGUUGCCGUAUGUAACCCCUUGGUUUACCCAAUGGUGAUGUCCAACAGACGCUGCACUCAGUUGAUAAGUGUUUCAUAUUUUAUUGGUUUUCUGCAUUCAGCGAUUCAUGUGAGUUUGUUAGUUAGGCUAACUUUCUGCAGGUCCAAUAUCAUACAUUAUUUCUACUGUGAACUUUUACAGCUGUUCAAAAUUUCUUGCACUGAUCCUAUAGUUAAUACACUUUUGGUCUUAAUCUUUUCAGCCUUUAUACAAGUCUUUACUUUUAUGACUAUCCUCAUCUCUUACUCCUAUGUCCUCUUUGCCAUCUUGAAAAAGAAGUCAGAGAAGGGCAGAAGCAAAGCCUUGUCCACGUGCAGUGCCCACCUGCUCUCUGUGUCUUUGUUCUAUGGCACACUCUUCUUCAUGUAUGUGCGUCCAGGAUCUGGACCAGCUGAAGAUCAGGACAAAAUGUAUUCUUUAUUUUACACGAUAAUAAUUCCUCUGCUAAAUCCUUUUAUUUACAGCCUGAGGAACAGAGAAGUCAUAGGUACUUUGAAGAGAAUAAUGAAGAAAUAA